AGGCAUUAAUCAGUCGCAUUUUAGCGCGUAUCUAGCGCGGUUUGAAAGAUAAAUAAAACAUCUUUCUAUUAGACAAUUGUAAAGAGAAACGGAUUAUGAUUGUAUUAAACGUUUUAUUCGUUCUGUGCUCGAUUCAGCCUCUCGUCAAUGGGGUGGGUUUUCGCGGAUUUACUUUUCAUGGUUUAGAGGAGCCAGUGCCGUUUUCACAAGAUGCAGGCAAAGAUAUAGUGGAGGGUUGGAUCACUCAACCUCUCGAUCAUUUCAAUCAUCGCGACAAUCGCACAUGGUCAAUGCGCUACAAAGAGAAUUCCGCGUUUUUGAAAAAAGAUGGGCCAAUUCUGAUCAUGAUCGGCGGAGAAUGGGCGAUAACAGACGGGUAUUUGCAAGGUGGAUUGAUGUAUGAAAUUGGCAUGAAAUACGGUGGCUUGAUGUAUUACACCGAACAUCGAUUUUACGGAGAGAGUAAGCCAACGAAAGACAUUAGCACAGAGAACUUGCAGUACUUGAAUGUUGAUCAAGCGCUCGCCGAUCUCGCUUAUUUCAUCGAAACGAAGAAGAAGGAAAAGGAUUUGGAAAAAAGUAUAGUAAUAGUAGUCGGUGGAUCUUACGCUGGAAACAUGGCAGCGUGGGCACGCCUUAAAUAUCCUCACCUCAUUCAAGGUGCUUUAGCUAGCAGCGCUCCAGUUUUGGCGAAGGCCGAUUUCUACGAAUACUACGAGGUCGUGACAAAGUCUCUUAACAGACAUAGUAAAGAAUGCGUUGAAAGUGUCAAAAAUGCAUUCGUAUCUGUAGAGGAAUCAUUGGCCACUCUAGCUGGCUCAGUUUGGAUUCAAAUUCUCUUCAACUUGUGCGAUAUUCCUGACAUAAAUUCUCCUAAUGAUCUUGGAUUCUUGAUGAACAUGCUGGCAGAGGUGUUCGCCGGAGUCGUUCAAUAUGACAAAAUCGAAGGUAAUCAAACAAAUAUCGCGGCGUUGUGUGACAAAAUGACGGCGGAGCAUUUAGGCAGUCCUUUACAGAGACUGGCGCUCGUUUUUUCCAAUGAAGGCAAUUGCAGAAAUUUAACAUAUAAUAAUUUUGUGAAAACAUAUCGAGAGACUUCAUGGGAGUCAACGGCAGCUACAAGUAUCAUGAGACAAUGGAAUUAUCAGACCUGUAUGGAAUACGGUUACUACCAGACGACGAACUCAGAUAAAUCAAUAUUUGGGACGCUCUUUCCGUUAGAUUACUACAUCAACUUGUGUCUCGAUUUGUUUGGCGAUGAUUACGAUGGAGAGAAAUUGGAUUCACGGGUGAGAAGAACGAAUAUAAUGUACGGUGGAAACUUACCCGAUUUACGAAAUGUCAUUUUCACGAAUGGCGAUAUUGAUCCAUGGCACUCGUUAUCAGUCCUACAGGAUUUAAACGAUUUUUCACCCGCUAUUUUUAUUAAUGGAUCGUCGCACUGCCGUGACAUGUUAAGUGACGUAGACACCGAUCCGGACGACUUGAAAAAAGCCAGAGCGAGAAUUCGUAGCAUAAUUGGCAAAUGGAUUUCCUCCUGGUGAAAGUUCCCAUCGAAUGUCUGUCGAAUACGUCCGCUACCGAUUUUUAAGAUGUAUAAACGGAAUUACACACUUUUUGUUUUAAUUGUAAUAUAUUAAUAAAAAAUUACAACGCUUUAUAUGUAAUAUGGUUUUAAAUAAUAUACAUUAUUUACACUGCACUUGUUAUCUAGGUACAUAAUGCAAAAAUAAAAUUAUAUUUUCCUAAUAACAAA